CUUCAAAAUGGUCGCUUUGUAUGGUUUGCCAACUUGCAUGUCUGUGUUUCAGAGUUCUUUGUUUUCAUAAUUCUUUCAUUAUUGUAUUAUUUGGACGAAAGUACAUCUAAUUUCUCCGUUGUUUAAUUUAUGUAUGAACAUUAAUAAUUCAAUCGUAUAUAGUGCUCUACAAGAAAGAUGUCAUCGGUAAUGUGAGAGCUCUCGACUACAAUUUUUAUUUUACGUGAUUAUGACGUUUGUGAUUCCCAUUUGAUUCCCCAAAACUCAUAAAGCUUCAGUGUUACCAAACUAUUGUGAAAAUAAACAAUGUUGGCAAACAGUGGACUGUGAGAGAUAGAAGAAUUUGAACUGUACAAUAUCUGUACCAGCAGGGAUCACAGUGAAAUAGUAUCCAAGUGUGUGUAAAUGCAAACUAUUACCGCGGGUAUGUGUGGAUGGUGGGGUGUGCUCAUGUGAUGGGAGGGGUGGGGUGAGAGGUGAGGCGCUCGGGCGCGGGCGCCAUGAACCCGCCGGCGCCCGGCAAGACGGCUACGCGCUCCUCGGGCUACCACCAGAAGGCGCUCGCCGAAAUUCGCAACUCCCUACUUCCAUUUGCUAAUAUUGGAAACUCUGAGCCUCCUGGCUCUUCAGCAGCAAGCACCGUUAGCUCAGGAGUGAGUUCUGGUUUUAGUGCUUCAUCAGUCAAUGGGCUCGACAAAGAUUUGAAUGUGCCCUCACAGUCUGUCAAUCAUCUUCUCACCUUGGGAUAUGAUGAGGACUUGGCAUUAAGGGCUCUGAAGUAUACUGGUGGACGUAUAGAUGCUGCCCUUGACCAUUUAUCAAAACAGCAGGAACCGCUGAUUGGAGUUCUCAAGACAAGUAAUCUUAGCGCAUUCAGCACAAAACUUAUAAGAAAACCAAGUUUAGAGCGCGAACCCAACCUUCAUAGAGGAAGCCCUGCUCUAGAUUCGGGGGCUGGAAGUUCGAGAUCUGAUAGUCCACGGCAACCUGAUGCUCCGCCACUGCCACACGAGAAAUUAAGUCGACAAUACUCGCCAUCUGGUUUCUCUGAACCUCCUCCACCGCCUCCGCCACGAUGUCCUUCUACACCACCUGUACCAGCUGCGAUGCAGCAAUUAAUGAAACGAAUGUCUCCAGCACCACCAUUGCCUCCAGCGAGAGGCACAAGUCCAGUGGCUGCUGGUGCACCCACUCCUCCAGCUCGACAACCUAUGAUAGUCCAAAAUGGACCACAAGUACAACAACAGCUCAAUCAACAGAUACAAGCUUUGAGCAUUUAUCCUUCAGGGGCAGGAGGAGCAGAGUUGCCACCUCCUUAUCCCCAUUCUGGAGUACCGCCGCCACCACCUUAUUCCGUAUCCAUGCAAAAUCGACAAAGUCCGACACAGUCACAAGAUUACAGAAAAAGUCCCUCUUCAGGUAUCUACUCCGGAGGUACUUCUGCCGGUUCCCCGAGCCCGAUUACAGUGACGCAAUCAACUGGUUCGGCGUCGGGUAUGACUCGCCCCACGCCUAUUCAGGCGUGGACAGCGAGACAAGCGGUUCAACCUCCCAUUAUUAUGCAAUCGGUAAAGAGUACGCAGGUUCAAAAGCCUGUUCUACAGACGGCCAUAGCGCCAGUUGCACCACCGCCUGUCGCGAGUUCUGCGGCGCAACCACCUCCACCCUCGUAUGCUAGUUCUAUACAACAGAAACAGCAGACUCAAACACCACCAAGUUAUCCAUUAGCACCUAAACCGUCUUCGCCUGGAUCUACUCCGCCGGUCAUAAUGGCACCGACCACGCCCACCGUACCCACCACUGAACCUCCAAGUUACGCUAUAACUAUGCAGGCUCUCGCUGUGCAGAGAGGAAUGCACCCGAUACCCCCUCCACCGUAUGGUAACCAAAACGAUAACACAACGACAGUUAAUUCCCACCAUACAUCACUACAUAAAAAGUUUUCUAAUAAUUGCGACAUUAAGGGUGAAACAUCUCAGGGUCCAUUAGAAAUAAAGUGUCCCAAUCAAAAUUGCACCAAUAAUCUUCUGAAGGAUACGACCGCUGCUUCCGGAUCCGAUAAGAGUUCCAAUGGCUCUUCAGAACGAAGGCCAAAAGUUGAGAAGAUACGACAUCAAUCACCUAUUCCGGAACGUAAAAAUAUUAGUAAAGAAAAAGAAGACGAAAGAAGGGAUUGUAAAGUAAGGAAUUAUUCACCUCAAGCCUUCAAGUUCUUUAUGGAGCAACAUGUGGAAAAUAUAUUAAAGUCAUACAAGCAGCGGACAUUCCGAAGAAUGCAGCUUGAAAAAGAAAUGAACAAAAUAGGCCUUAGCGCAGAAGCACAGUGCCAAAUGAGGAAGAUGCUUUCCCAGAAGGAGUCUAAUUACAUAAGAUUGAAAAGGGCAAAAAUGGAUAAAUCAAUGUUUACAAAAAUUAAGCCUAUCGGUGUGGGUGCAUUUGGGGAAGUGACUCUUGUAAAGAAGAUUGAUACUAGUCAUCUAUAUGCCAUGAAGACACUUAGGAAGGCUGAUGUGCUGAAACGCAACCAAGUGGCGCAUGUUAAAGCUGAAAGGGAUAUAUUAGCAGAGGCCGACAAUGAAUGGGUGGUCAAGUUAUACUAUAGUUUUCAGGAUAAGGAUAACUUGUACUUCGUCAUGGAUUACAUACCGGGCGGAGAUUUAAUGUCAUUAUUAAUCAAGUUAGGUAUAUUUGAGGAGAAUCUGGCGCGAUUUUACAUAGCAGAGCUGACAUGUGCAGUGGAGAGUGUCCAUAAAAUGGGCUUCAUCCAUAGAGACAUCAAGCCAGAUAAUAUACUCAUUGAUCGGGACGGCCACAUCAAGCUAACUGAUUUCGGCUUGUGUACGGGCUUCCGGUGGACGCAUAAUUCUAAAUACUACCAGCGAAAUGAUCACGGGCGACAAGACUCAAUGGACCCUGUAGACGGAGAGUGGGGCGCGAUGGGUGAAUGCCGGUGCCAUCAGCUGAAGCCACUGGAGAGGCGACGCAAACGCGAGCACCAACGGUGUCUAGCGCACUCACUGGUCGGCACACCCAACUACAUCGCGCCUGAGGUGCUCCAGCGGACCGGCUACACGCAACUGUGCGACUGGUGGUCUGUAGGUGUCAUAUUGUACGAGAUGCUCGUGGGGUCUCCGCCCUUCUUGGCGGCAACACCUGCGGAGACGCAACUCAAGGUGAUUAACUGGGAGAGUACGCUUCGCAUUCCGGACGCGGCGAAAUUGUCUCGAGAGAGCAAGGAUCUAAUCCUCAAACUGUGUUCUGGUCAAGAGAAGAGAAUCGGCAACCACGCCAAUGAAGUGAAAUCUCACCCAUUCCUAAAAAGCAUCGACUUCGAGAAAGGGUUAAGGAGACAACCUGCACCGCACAUACCGAGAAUCGAUUACCCGACGGAUACCUCGAACUUUGAUCCAAUAGAUCCGGAUAAGCUGCGAAAUUCUGGUAGUGCCGAUUCGAACAAGUCAGACAGUGAGCUCCUCGAUAACGGGAAAACGUUCCAUGGCUUCUUCGAGUUCACCUUCCGGAGGUUCUUUGACGAUGGUUACAACAACAAAAUCAAUCUCGAUGACAAUGACAAUCCAGGUGCUGUGUAUGUGUGACCAGUAUCAACACCCACAGUGAUAAAGGACACUCGGACUAACAUAUAGUAUUUCGAUUAAAAGUGUGUGACUCUCUCUCUAUUAAAACGUUAGUUUUCGUAACAUAAUGAACGUAACAUAUUUAAAAUUUAAUUAAAACAUAUUGUUAAUAAUCCCGGUGAUAAUGUUGUAAUAUUGUAUCGUUAUGUAUUUAUAAGGGUAAAUCUUAUUUCAUUGUAAUAUAUGUAGGAAUGGAGCACGGUAAUGCACGGCCGCGCGGGAGUUAUGUCCGUACAGAUAUCCGUAUAACUUGUAGGUAAUCUCUGGAUCUGAAAAUUAAUUAAUUAAGUACACAUCUGCAUGGACUAGGAUACUAAAUUAUUCUAGAGGAACGUUUUAUAUUUGUAUAUGCUGAUUUAUAGUUGUAUAUGCUGAUUCUAUGUGCCAAAAUUUCGAAUCUGUCCAAUUGUUAUCGAGUAGUAAAUAUAGAAUUACCUUUAAACUUUUUACAAUAUAUUUGUAUAAAUUAUUGAGGAUUAUAUAUACGAGUAAAUCUCACGACUGUGAUCUCUGAAAAGGUAGUAAAAGAUAUUUUACUACACGCUUUAAUACUAUUGUGGGUAUAAUAUUCAUCUUCGUAAUUCGACUAGCAUGCUCCAUUAGCGUGCUAGGGACGUUUUACUAUUGUCUUUGAUGAGUUGAGUUUGCCAUGGUGUCUGCAACCACCCGAGUCAGGAAUUUAUAUGCAGAAUAUUUAAAUGUGGCCAGGUUUGAUACCGAUCACUGGCAACACAUUAAAUUAUUGUGAUUAUAGGCUCCAGUGCUAAAAUUCGUGGCGCUUGUGAAAAAGAUUGGCAUAUAAUGAAAUUGAAGGUUUGUGGUGCAAUGAAAUUCAAUCCUUAAUAAAUCAUGUAUGUAGUUUCAAUCUAAAUAGAACUUACUACGGGUAAUAUACAUAUAUUUUUAAUGAAUUACGCCGAACAAUGUAAGGCCGGUUACUCGUAAAAGAAAUACUUAUAUAUACAUGUGGAUUGAACUUGUAGCCUACUAAAGGCGAGGUUAUGUUAAAUCACAGCGCUUACACUUAAAACUACAUUACUUUGAGGAAGAUGGUCCUUUAGUUGAACUUUGCCUCCUCUUGUUGUAUUUAAUUUAGGUUGACUAUAUACU